AUGAAAGUCUUGAGCGUUCUCACCGCCACCGCGGACACGUUCGACCCGAGAAACGUGGACCUCACAACAGCCAACGUACGCGAUGUGAUAUGCGCGCUGACCCUUGCGGACUCGGGCAACGAGUACAACGGACACCUGGGGGCGAGGGUCUCGUCGAUCUUCGUCAUCCUGAUCGUCUCUUCGGCCGCCACCAUAUUCCCCGUCCUCGCCAAGUGGUUCCCACGUCUGAAGCUGCCGCUGUACGUGUAUCUCUUUGCGAGGUAUUUCGGAGCCGGUGUCAUUGUCGCCACGGCCUUUAUCCACCUUCUCGACCCGGCGUACGACGAAAUCGGCCCCAGCACUUGCGUCGGCAUGACUGGUGGAUGGGCAGUGUACUCGUGGUGUCCUGCUAUCGUCUUGACUUCUGUUAUGAUCAUUUUCCUCAUGGACUUUGCCGCCGAAUGGUACGUUGAGGCCAAGUACGGGAUCGGCAACCCACAUCCAGACCUCGAGGAAGCUAUCACGAGGGCAGGAGGGGGCGGCGGCGGCAGCCAGGCAGAGAGAAUUUCCUCCCACCAUCAGCGACAAAGAGGAGGAAAUGAUGACACAGAAGACGAAGAAGGACUUCCACCUUCUUGCACCGGUCGUGGUGACGACUCACCUGUACGGACAAAAUCUGCGUUCGAGAAGCGAUUCAUUGAAGACGCUGUCAACGUCGAUGGAUUAGACGUCGAGGCUGCGGCAGUGCAGACGGCAUUCCGUCAACAGAUUGCUGGAUUCCUCAUCCUCGAGUUUGGCAUUAUCUUCCACUCGGUCAUCAUCGGUAUGAACCUUGGAGUGUCCGGGGAUGAAUUCAGCACACUCUACCCUGUGCUGGUGUUUCAUCAGUCCUUUGAAGGCUUAGGGAUUGGUGCACGAAUGUCUUCCAUCCCGUUCGAUAGCAGGAGUUGGCUACCUUGGAUCCUGUGCGCGCUGUACGGCCUCACGACACCCGUCUCCAUCGCCAUCGGACUGGGGUUGAGAACCACAUACAACCCAAACAGCUUCACAGCCAAUGUUGUGAGUGGGGUCUUUGAUGCGGUGUCUGCCGGGAUCCUAAUAUACAGUGGGCUGGUGGAGUUGCUGGCGCGGGACUUCAUAUUUAAUCCCGUCCGGACAAGGGAUGGGAAGAGGAUCGUUUUCAUGCUCGUCAGUGUUUUCCUCGGCGCUGGGAUCAUGUCGCUGUUGGGCCAUUGGGCAUAA